AUGCCUGGACCACCAUGGAAUACCGACUACCAGUACUUCUACCACGACGCAACGCAAUACAUACGCGCGAACUACCCGACAUGGAGCACUCCUGAGAUACGAUGGGCCAUCUCCGCACUGUGGGCGGGGGACCCCCCGACUCAGGCUUGGUACAGAGGAUGCGCGGGUCAAGCGCAGCCCCGCGGCCUACCGGUUCCUAAUCCAAUUCCAGCGAUACGGUUCACUGCGAAUGAUGUCACGAAUGUGAAGAAGGGACGGGGUCUUCCGGCGCCUGUACAGGCGUUUCUGAAUGGAGUAAGGGGUCCCCCAGCGGGACCGGUUCAUCCACCUCAAGCAGCAGUUCCUCCAGCAGCGCCUCCUCCAGCAGCGCCUCUAGCAGCGCCUCCAGCAGUGCCUGCUCAUCUGCCUCCCGUAGGCGGUGCGCACCCAGUAAUGCCUCCCCGCCCUCCAGCAGGAAGGGGUCAUGCUGGAAGAGGUCAUGCGCCUCCGGCGAGGGGAGCUUUAGGCGCUACUAUAGAUGCUACAGCUGCAGGUAUGGGUUCGGGACGUGGAAGGGGCCAAGAUGGUCCAGGUCCCAUUGUCAACGGGUCUUCAGACGGCGAAGCUCCCGCAGCGGCCUCUCAAGCGUACGUCGACCGCGUACCUUAUGGCUUCUGGCCACAACUCCCAUGGCCCUCAGAGGAUGAUAUUGGCCCAACACCCGAUCCGACAACUCAUGCUGCCGCCUGGAUGGCUACAAAGCCGUACAGAAAGGACAAGGACGAACGCCACUGGCAUGGAGUCCGCUUCCUAGGUAGAGGCGGAUACGGAUGUGCUGGGCUGUGGUGCGAGGAGGACAAAGAUGGCAACGUGAGCCGGCGCAUGGUCGUGAAAGAAACUACCAUAUCCAAUGCCUCCUGGCGCGACCCUCAGAACUGGCGUAAUCGACUUCCUAGGGAGAUCGCAAUCCAUAGGCGUGUCGGUAGUUCCCAGAGACGAAAUGAUCGAGAUGCCGGCUCACGUAGUCUGAUUCGACACUAUGGCUACCGGCUUAUGAUGCGGAAACGGAGGUACAGACUGUAUCUGGAGUACUGCGAAAGUAUGGACUUGCACUACGCUCUAACCACCCAGAACCGGCUCUGGAGUACCCAAAACAUCAAGCAUAGAUUGCCGCGGAAUGCGCAUUCGUAUAUUCCGGAGCAUUUCAUUUGGCAUGUUUUCCGGGAUCUUGUGAAUGCUUGCCUGGUGCUUCAAGACGGGCAGGUAGACGGCGGCCGGAUGAAAGGGUGGCGAAGCAUAACGCACCGAGAUAUAAAUCCAACAAACAUAUUCCUAGCUGAGAAAGAUAAACAUGGGUGGCCGCGGAUCGUACUUGCCGACUUCGGGCUCGCAUUUUACGAUAACGAAAAUGCAAUACCGGGGUGGUCUAACAACCCUGACGAUUGGAUAAUGCCGCAGGGGAGAGCUGAUGGUCGAUAUGCUCCAGUAUGUCGAGGGCGACAAUUUCCCGUCUCCACUGAACAAGAGCUGACAAGGUCCCAGGAGAUGACUCGAGAGUUUCAACCUCCGGUCACCAUCGGCGAAAAAACAGAUGUAUUCGGCAUCGGGUACGUCAUCUGGUGCCUUAUCGUGAAUCUGAUCUCCGACGAUGGCCCUCUGAGAGAGGAUAGAGAGUACGAAGACCCACAGACCAAGCUCAGAAAGUACGUCCCUAUUGCGUUCCGGAACUCCGGGCCAAAUACUGAGCGCACUGUAUUGAAUGAUCAUCCGGUGUAUGCUGCGUUCCCUGUUUCUCUGAACUAUCCACACAGAUUGAAGGAGAUAGUACGUCAGUGUCUAGAGUACGACGCCAAUACCAGGCCAACGCUACGCGCCUUGAAAGCCCAAGUCGACAACUGCUACCCGCCUGAUCAUAGAAUGUGGAAUGCCAGACCGCCUCUGAACAUGUUAGACAUGCGAGGUUUCGACGCUUCGGUUGGCGGGCCUAUGCCAAGACGAGCUUGAGGAGGAUAAGGGUGCUUCUUUCUUGUUGUGGUGGUUUAGUCAUAGUAUUGAGAGAAAUAAUAGAAGCGAUAUUCUCUCCGGCUCCAUAGACUCUGAUUUCCUUCACGAGGGCACAUUCUGAUUCGCC